AUGGGGCGUCUUCCUCGGGCGAGAGACCUCCACGUCCAUCUGCCUUCACUGCUGGUGAGGCGAGCGGGAUCUCCUCCACGGGCGCCGCUGGAGGUAUACACUCGCCCUCAAGACUCCGCCAGCUCCGGCACCACGCAGAAGGUUUUGGCGCCCACGGCCAGGCGGUACAUUGGGCUGCCGGAGCCACACGCAGAGACAGUGGUGCGUGCUCAGGUCGCGGUCCAGCCCGUCAAUUUGGCCUUGUCUGCGCCGCGAGACACAGACGCACGGGCACCACUGGACUUCUCCUUUAGAAAACCUCCGUUAAACAGACUAGUCCCGCCCCACUCCACCGCCCCCGCACAGCCCCAGCACACAGGAACCGCGCCGCCCCAGCACACCACGCCCUCCCAGACCGCCACACACAAGGACGUGCCCCACCUCCCGUCUCCUAAGUAUGUCCCCGCCCUGGCCCUCUGCACGUCAUUCCGCCAGAGUCAGACCGAGGGAAGUUCGCAACAAAAGCCAGACAUCAUCACCAUCAAACGACCGCUGGAGGAGCAAGACACAACCUGCACCAGACCCUCAAAGAUAGCCAAGACUGACUACUCCCCCCUCCCCUGGCCCUCCGCCACUCAGCCUGCACCUCACACCCCCCAAACACCCCCGUCGCAUCUUACGCCUCCCUCCCACACCACCCCGCCCUCCCACAUGGGUUCCUCGCUCCCACUCACACCACCUUCACACACCACUCCCUCCAUGCACCUUACGCCGCCCUCCACCACCUCGCCGCAGUCCCAGGUAUCAUCAGGUGUGUCCCCGGGGUCCCACGCCUCCCCGGGACCCUCGCCGACGAGCCAAACGACUCCCAGGAAAGUCAAGUCCGAGGGAAGUCCUUCUCCAGACAGACCUUCGACCUCAGCCACGCAGGAGGACAAGGACAUGUGGAGGCCCUGGAUAGCUGCCCCCUCUGUCAACGGCCACAACACAGCCCAACGUAAUUCAACUACUAGGAGGUCAAUCACACCAUUUAAGGUUCCGGAAGUAUUCAAGAGACAGUAG